UUUUUUUUUACGAACAAUUCCAACAUGGCUGCGAUCAGGAGUGGAGUGACUCCCGGUUGUCUAACGAGAUGUUUUUUAAGACAAAGUGGAAUAUCAAGUGCAGGCAACCCUUCAUUUACAGAGAGAUGGAACCAGAGGUUUCUACAGAGAUCCCAUCUUCACACAGUAAUAGAGUGCAGGAGUCCUACAACUAGAGCUGUUCUCGGUCGACGUCACAAUGGACGGUUAUUAUUGGUCAGCGCUGUGUCCGUCAGGCACAACAGCUCACAGGUCCCAAGUGAAAGUAUUCCUACGGCAACUCCAGUGCUGGAAGCAUCCAUUGCCAGCCCUGUCGUCGUUGACCCCGCCUCUAUUACCACAGAGCCAAUCGCCGAGCAGGUGUUAGAGGCUGCACCAACCGCAGUGGAUAUUCUGCAGGGGGUGGGAGCAGAGCUGAGCCUAUCAGAGCUGGGCCUGGGGAGCGCCACUCCUGUUGGCCUGGUCCAGAACCUACUGGAGUUCAUGCAUGUGGACAUUGGGAUGCCGUGGUGGGGAGCCAUUGUUGUAGGCACAGUGCUGGCUCGCAUCAUGGUGUUCCCGGUCAUCGUGAAGGGUCAGAGGGAGGCGGCCAAGCUGAACAACGUUAUGCCAGAGAUGACUAAACUCACCAACAAGAUGAACGAGGCCAAACAGAGUGGAAACAAGUUCGACUUUGCUAAGGCGUACUCUGACCUGACCAUGUUCCAGAAGAAACAUGACGUCAACCCUCUCCGUGGCUUCCUUGUCCCUUUGGUGCAGACUCCAGUCUUCAUCUCCUUCUUCAUCGCUCUCAGAAAGAUGUCCUACCUCCCUGUCCCCAGUAUGCAGACAGGAGGUUGCUUGUGGUUCUUAGACCUCACAGCAGCAGACCCUUUCUACAUUCUCCCCAUUGCUGUGACCGGGACCAUGUUCGCUAUACUGGAGCUGGGGGCAGAGUCUGGUGUGGACAACCCUAACCUGAAAGCCAUGAAGACAGUGUUCAGAAUCAUGCCCUUCGUCAUCCUCCCUCUCACCAUUAACUUCCCCACGGCGGUGUUUACGUACUGGAUGACGUCCAACUGCUUCUCCCUGGCCCAGGUGGCCCUGCUCAAACACCCCCUGGUCAGACAGAAGCUGAGGAUCCCAGAGAGGAUCGAACACCCUACCUCCGCCCUGCCCCAGAACGACGGCUUCUUCGAGACCAUCAAGAAGGGCUGGAAGAAUGCUCAGCUUGCCCAGCAGUUGGAGGAGAGGGAGAGGAGGAUCAAGAACCACCUGGAUAUUGCAUCAAAAGGUCCAUUGAGACAGACCUUCACUCACAACCCUCUACAGCAGUCGACACCAUCCAUUGCAGCAGCAGCAGCAACAACCAAGUCAGCCAAAGCAAAACAAGCAUCCCCGGCAACCGGUGGUAAGAAGAGGCCAUGGGAGGAGACUAUUGGUUGAAGAAGAGUGACAGACCGUUUGAAAGCCCAAUGAAUUAUGGGUGCAUAUUUAUUGAGAGAGGUGUGUGUGGAGGGAUUGGUAGACAGGACAUGGGCGGCGCACAGGGUUUGUCAUAAAUGUAGUCUAAAUAAAGAGCAAACUUCUGUUGCCUUAAAAUGUCUGUGUACAUUAUGACAACCUGAAUUCUGAAUUGAAAACAGGAAAACGUAUAGGUGAUUAUAUCCAUUGGAAUGACUGCAAUGGAAUUGUUAAGAGUCAUAUAUAUAUAUAAAUACAUACACACACACACAAUUGACCGUUCCCCGUUGUGCUGUUCUUAUUUCUGAUAACUUCUUAGCUCUUGAAAACUAAAGCAGAUAUCCAAUUUAUUGACUUGGAUACACAUCCUGAAUGCUAAUCAAUAAAAAUGUGUUAAAUUCGC